UCCCUUCAAAAUCUUCAAACACCACCCGAUCCAAGCCAAUGUCUCCAAGGAUGGCGACGAGGGCGCAGCUCGCCGUCGCCCUCGUCCUCCUCCUCGCCGUCGCCGCCACCGUUCCCCUCGCAUCGGCGAAAUGCCGCCCGCGCAAGGAGAAACUCGAAGGAAAAGAGGAGAAACCCGAGGGGUCGUCCCACACUUCGCCGGAUAAGAAAGCUGAGAGCGGCGGCGGCGGCGGCGGCGGCUCCAAUGGCGCCGCCUCCUCUAUCAGCUUCGGUGUCGCCAAGAAGAAGGAUGAGGGCACGACGCCUCACUCCGCCGGCGGCUUAUCCACCCUCUCUGUCGGCGAGAGUAUACCUGAGACGAAGAAGGAGGCCUUCGAUGAUGAUGCCGCCGCCGAGGACAAGAAGCACUACUCCACCGGCGCGUUAACCACCCUCUCCGUCGGUGAGAGUAUACCUGGAAUCAACAAUGGUGCCUCAAUUGAUGGUGCUGCAGAGAAGAAACACAAGAGCAAGAGGAAAGCCUCUGACGAUGAGGAGGAGGAGGAGGAAGAGAAGAAAUCCAAAAGAAAGAGCUCCGAUGGUGACGAUGACGAGGAGAAGAAAUUGAAGGGCAAGAGCUCCGAUGACGAUGAUAAGGCUGAGAAGAAAUCCAAGAGAAAGAGCUCCGAUGAAGAUGAUGAUGACGAUGCAAAGAAGAAAUCUAAGAGCAAGAGCUCUGAGGAAGACGAUGAUGAUACCAAGAAAAAACACAAGAAAAAACACAAGGGCAAGAGCUCCGAUGAAGAUGAAGAUGGCGAUGCCAAGAAGAAAUCUAAGAGCAAGAGCUCUGAGGAAGACGAUGAUGAUACAAAGAAAAAACACAAGGGCAAGAGCUCCGAUGAAGAUGAAGAUGGCGAUGCCAAGAAGAAAUCUAAGAGCAAGAGCUCUGAGGAAGACGAUGAUGAUACAAAGAAAAAACACAAGGGCAAGAGCUCUGAUCCGGACGAGGACGACGAAGGUGAAAAGAAGAAAUCGAAAAGAAAGAGCUCAGAUGACGAGGACGAUGACGACGGUGAGAAGAAACCAAAAUCCAAGAGCCAAGAGGCCGCCGUCGACGAGCCCGAGCCGGCAGCCGAACCAAAGGAAGACGACGAAGCCGACGGCGGCGAGGCCCCGGCGCCGAAGAAGAAGAAGCACCACGCGGGCAUCAUGUCGCUCCCUGUCCCCGACAUCAUCGCGCAGCCGGUGAUGCGCGCGCUGAGCCCGGUGGUGAAGACGAUGUGCGCCAAGACCGACCACGCCGACCUCUGCGAGUCGUCGAUCGGGCAGCUGCCGGAGGAGCCGCCGGCGCAGCUGGACGGCCUCGGGGUGCUCAAGCUCGCCAUGGACGCGCUGCGCGCCAAGGUGCAGGAGACGAUCAACAUGGCGACGGACAGGAUGGGCGCGCCGGGCAUGGACCCGCAGUCCAAGGACGCCAUGAACGACUGCCUGGAGAUGUACGACGACAUGAAGCAGAACCUGGACUCGGCGGAGGCGGCGCUGAAGAAGGGCGACAAGGACACGGCGCGCACCAUGCUCGACUCGGCGCACACCGACGUGGACACCUGCGAGAACGGCUUCACCGAGCGGGAGGGGCUCAAGCCGCUCAUGGCCGACCUCGACAAGAUCCUCGCCGAGCUCUCCAGCAACACGCUCGCCAUCGCCGCCGCCGUCUAGUUCUCUUCUCCCUUCCCCUCUCUCCCUCCUCUCCCUGACGUCUUAUAUCUCUGCGUGUCGAAAUGACAAUGUGUAUGUGUACCAUUAAUUAUAUGAUGACUGUGAGUUGUGAUUAACUAAGCUGAUUAUAACAUCUACAUCCCUUUUUAAUCGUGUGCCUCGCUCUAAUCCUUUGGGAUACGGCUUAUAAGCCAUCAAAAAAA